AUGACCCCGCCCGUGCGACCUCGGCGGUUUGCACCGUUAGAUCCUAGAAAAAGGAAAGAAGAUGACGACAGGCCUCUAUUGAAGGGCAUCGUGUUCGAUGUAGAUGGAACGUUAUGUUUGCCUCAAAAUUACAUGUUCGCAGAGAUGCGGGCAGCCCUCGGAAUCAGCAAACCAACGGACAUACUUGAUCACAUCUAUUCACUACCAGAGAGCGAGCAGGAAGAAGCCCACGAGAAGAUUCGCAAUAUCGAGCGCACUGCCAUGAAAUCCCAACAACCACAAGCUGGUCUCGUUGAGCUCAUGGACUACCUGGACUCACGAAGCAUCAAGAAGGGCAUCUGUACGCGAAACUUUGACGCACCUGUCAAUCACCUCCUUACCACCUUUCUGCCAUCCUCGGAGUUCAGCCCGGUCGUGACACGAGAGUUCAGGCCACCGAAGCCUGACCCCGCAGGCAUCUUGCACAUUGCAAAAGAUUGGAUGCAUGAAGAUGGAGGUAGGAGCUUAAUCAUGGUCGGUGACUCGAUCGAUGAUAUGACAGCGGGUUUUCGUGCUGGAGCAGCGACGGUUCUUCUGGUCAAUGAAACAAAUAAGCACCUCGCCGAGCAUCAACACACGGAUCUUGUAGUGGAGCAGCUGGAUGAUUUGAUCGAGAUCUUAGAGAAUGGAUUCGAGGGAAUAGUCGAAGCCAAUGAGGAGAGUGGGUGA